AUUUGGACGGUCAUCACGAAGAUGCGCGUCGGGUUCAUUGGCACGGGCAUCAUGGGCAAGAGCAUGUGCGAGCACAUCCUCAACGCCGGCUACGCGGUCACGGUGUACAGCCGCACGCCCAGCAAGUGCGACAGCCUCGUUGCCAAGGGUGCCACGUACGCGCCGACGCCGGCCGCCGUCGCUGCGCAGUCGGACGUUGUGUUUACGAUUGUCGGCUACCCCAGCGACGUGCGCCAGGUCAUUUUGGGCGACCAAGGUGUGCUCUCGACACUGUCGCCCGGUGGCAUCGUCGUGGACAUGACGACGAGCGAGCCGUCGCUGGCCAAGGAAAUCUACGCUGCCGCACAGGCCAAGGGCGUCUCGGCCAUCGACGCACCGGUCUCGGGCGGCGACGUCGGCGCCAAGGAAGCCCGCUUGUCCAUCAUGGUCGGCGGCGACGCUGCUGCUCUCGAGAAGGUCAUGCCGCUCUUUAACGUCAUGGGCAAGAACAUCCGCCACAUGGGCGGUGCGGGUGCUGGCCAGCACACCAAGAUGGUCAACCAGAUUCUGAUCGCGACCAACAUGAUUGGUGUCGUGGAGGGCCUUCUGUAUGCGCACAAGGCGGGCUUGGACCUGAACGAAGCGAUCGCGGCCGUUGGUGCCGGUGCUGCGGGCUCGUGGUCCAUCAACAACAUGGGCCCGCGCAUCGCCCGCCGCGACUUUAACCCGGGCUUCAUGGUCGAGCACUUUCUCAAGGACCUGGGCAUCGCGCUCAAGGAGUCCCAGGCGAUGGGCUUGGCACUCCCGGGUCUCGCGCUCGCCAACCAGUUGUACCUCGCUGUGCAGGCCCAGACCAACGGCGGCAAGCUCGGGACGCAAGCGCUCAUGCUCGCCUUGGAGCGACUCAACUGCAUCCAGCACGCGUAAAGAUUAACCUCGCAACACUCGAUCCACAUACUAGUAUAAUGCAAAGCAGAAAACGACGUCUCACUUGGACAAUUGGACGCUGAA